CGACGUCGAGCCCCGAGAACGACGCAACUCGUGCGCGAUAUCGUUCGGUAGAGUGAAACGCCACGAGGGUUCUUCAUUGUGAGACAAGUCUCUCAACGUUCAAGUCGUCUCGUGGACCGUUCGAAGAUUCGUUUCGCUAUGGCUCGUACAAAGCAAACGGCGAGAAAGUCGACGGGAGGUAAAGCCCCUCGCAAGCAGCUAGCAACUAAGGCAGCUCGCAAAUCAGCGCCUGCGACCGGUGGAGUGAAGAAACCUCAUCGCUACAGACCUGGCACGGUGGCCUUGCGCGAGAUCCGACGUUACCAAAAGUCUACCGAGCUUUUGAUCCGGAAGCUGCCUUUCCAACGCUUGGUGCGAGAGAUCGCCCAAGAUUUCAAGACGGAUUUGAGAUUUCAAUCGUCCGCUGUUAUGGCCCUGCAAGAAGCGGCCGAGGCCUACCUUGUAGGAUUGUUCGAGGAUACAAAUCUGUGCGCCAUCCACGCGAAGCGUGUGACCAUAAUGCCAAAGGAUAUUCAACUCGCCCGUAGAAUACGUGGCGAAAGAGCAUAGAACUUACGAUUCCAUAUGAUCUGCGCACCGGCCAUAAAUUGUUCGCAGCAGAAAGAAAAACCCUGCGAGAUCAAGCAGGAUCGUUUUUUGAAUCCUUGUUGCGUAGGCUCCGUCGGGUGAGAUGAAGCUUAUCAAAGAAAUCGAGAUACAGAAAUAUCGGGAAAAAAAUUAAAAAAAGUGGGGAACCCUCCAGCUCUUCGUUAAAGAAUAGAGAAGCCUGAGAGAAAAAAAACCUUGUGCAUCGAAAGAAACCAUGAGACUGUUUAGCCAUGGAAACUUGUAAGACUUCCUGUCCGUCCCAACCCAUUUAUGACGAUAUUAGAUCCGAAGCGGAAUAAACGGUCAUUUGUAAUAUGAAGGGGUAAUAGAUGAGAAUAUCAAUAAAAACGAUCAUUGU